UGGACGGGCAUCAUCUCGAUUGAAAGCUGUAACUGUGAGAGCUGCAAUUUUCCAAGGAAAUAACCAAAAGCUUGCUGAUCCAACCAUCAUGGAGGUAUGAGUAGCCUCUAAAAUUUUAUAAUCUAUGUUAGUUCGGUAAUUUAUUUAUUGUUUGAAGUUCACCGGCGAGUUUUCGAGACUGCUGGUUGUGCAAUCAUGCGACGCGACGCGAAACACAUCUGGCAAUAACGCUGAUAAGAAGUCCUCGUAAAUCUCCAGGCUUAACAUUUCUGCAUUUUAUGUUUUGAUAUCUCAACGGUUAAAUUCUAAAGAAGUAUCUGCCACGUAUAUUAUCAGCUGCAACCUUUUUUUCGGGGCUAAAUUUUAAGUAUAGGUAAAUUUUAGACUUUGUACAAAUUUUAGUUGGUUUUUUUUCAAGUUGGCGACACCCAGUUGCAAAGGUUGUUAAAUUUUUUGCUUCUUUGUGACAUCAACUAAACUUGAGCAGAUCUUAAGCUCGUGGAGCAUUUAGUUUAGCCACAUGAUCAGCUGUUAUUAGUCACGAGAUUCCAGAAAUGUUCUUUUACAAUCGCCAUGAAGACAUUGUUUUCAGUUGAUAGAAACUGAAGUCACGUGAGUCAUGAAAAGCUGAUCAUCAUAAUAACUUAAUUUGGGCAUGGGCAUACAUAGCAAGGGCUACUACACGCAGGCAUUUACCUUGAGGAGCUGUAUUUUAUUUUUAUAAAAAUAUUAGGAGACAUUUUCUGAAAUGGUAUGAUGGUAGAUACAUUCACCCAGAAAUGGCUAAAAUGAUACCAGAAAGAAGAAAUCCUUACCCCUUCAAAACAUUAAGUUUAUAAAUUUAUUGAGAAGAAAUUACAGAACAAUAAGCAAAAAAAUUAACAUGUUAGUAAACAUGUAAAACUACCUUGACAGAGAUCUGCUGGAUAUCUGUUUUCUAUUGCUGGGUUUUGAGCAUUUAUGAUUAAGACAUUGCAAUAAUACAACUGUACAAUUAAAAUUAGAGUUAAUAUAUAUAGUUAUCUUAAGUCUCUUACUCAGAUAAGGUGGUACUAGAAAUUUUGACACAUCAACUAAACUUCUUUGUUUAACUUCUAAAGGUUGAAAUUCUGGAUAUCAGAAGCCGAAGGGUUUUACACACCCUGAGUGAAGUGAGUCAGAUAUUUACAUUACAAAAUAUGAUUUAUACAAAGCAUGAUACAUUGCAUUAAAACCAUAUACUGGCAUACAAUAGAAAUUGCUGUUAUGUUUUCAAGCAGACAGUUCACAAUAUUGGUUUUUUUUUUCUUAGUUUUUAUGGGACUCACAACAGUUUUAUCUGUAUCUGUACAAUAAAACUUACCCAAUAUGUAAGCUUACAGCACUUUACUUUUUGCAUAAUUAAAUUUAUGUAUCAGGCUGCUAUGGAAAGAUUUAAGUAAAAAACCAAGUACUGAUUGCUUUGCCUAUAUGUAUAAUCUAGUUGACUCCUUCAUCUACAAUUGCUGAUGUGAAGAAUGCAUAUCACAAGAAAUGUAAGUAGCUCUGAAUGUUUUGUCUGUCAAUCCUUAGUGUUAGUGGUGAAAUUUAAUAAUGUCGAGAAUAUUUGGUUUGGGUGUGUUGCGUUUUUUGUUGUUACUUUGGAUUUACUUGUUUGUGUUUUAAUAUGUUAAUGCAGUUUAUUGCUAAACUAGAGCAUUUAAGUAAACAUUUUUUUUAUUUUAUACUUAACACAUCAUCCACAAUUUCAUAUUUGGUUUUUGCUUCUAAGAACUUAAAAAUAUUGAAAAAUUGAGUAUCAAGAGAUUGUUUUAUUUCUUAGUUCCCAAGUUUUAUCCUGAGAGGCAAUCAUUCCGCCUCGAGCCAAGUGAGUAAUUUUUUCAUCUUUUGCCCUUUGAAUAGCAAAAAGUUUGUGGUAACUCUACAAUUUUGUUAAUUUAUUUUAAUUGCAUUUGAUUGAAGAGGGAAAGUCAUUAAAGGAUGAAGAAACUUUGGGCUCCUUGGAGAUUAACAAUGGAUGCAAAUUGUACUUCAAAGAUCUAGGUAUAAAACAGAUUUUCAACCUGAGUCUUUCCUUCAGUUUUUAUAAUAACAGUAUUGUAACUAAUUUUAUCCAUUUUACAACUUAUGAGUGAAUCUUUUGCUCUCUUUGUAGGUCCGCAAAUUAGUUGGACAACGGUGAGUAACUUGGCCAUCUAUGAGCUUUCAAUUUAACCCUUAAACUCCCUGAAGUGAUUAAUAAUAAACUUCUCCCUAAAAUAUCCAUACAUACAUUUAGCAAACAUGUAAUGAGAAUAUUCAGACCUAUCAGAGGCAAAGGUUCUGAUCUAAGUCCCAAUUCUUACACGUAGCUUAUGUACAAGGAAAUGUGUAGUAGCUAGAGGAGAGAAUUUUUGUUGGUUAAUUUUUUUUUUGAUUUGUGGUGUAGACUGGAGGUACACGUACUUUGCAUCUAUAUCUGGUUAGAACAUUGUAUAUCCAGGAAAUGCCAGAGUGAUAUUGUUCAGCUGUGAUUAAAUUUUGAAAAUAUUGUCGUACUAUUAAAUGUGAUUUGCAGGUAUUUUUAGUGGAAUAUGCUGGUCCACUAAUUGUCUAUAUGCUUCUCUAUCUGCGACCUGCUAUUGUGUAUGGAGCUGGUGCAGCUAACAAGCCUUAUGCCCCUGUUGUACAGUAAGUAUUUUUGAAUAUUACUUUAUUUUUCUGACUUCCAUUGCUUGGAUUUGCUUCUUUAUUACUUAAUAUUUGACUCCUGCCUCUCUCUAUCUCUUCAUUAUUCUUUCAACUCCUACCUGAUCUGUGUACUUGUUUAUUUUUUGAUUCAUUUUUCAUGUCUCUGUUCAUUCAUUGAUUUCUUCUUUCAGACAUUCAUUACAAACCUUUAACCCUCAAGAGUGACUAGCAUCUAAUUUCUCCUUACAAUAUCAUCCCUGAAUCACACAUUAAAGUCAUGAGAAUAAAAGAAAUGAUCAGCAACAUAAGAAGCUUUUGAUUGAUAAACAAAUUCUCCUUGUCAGCACCUUAGGAAAUGUAUAAAGAACAGUAUGGAGAAUAUUCAUACUGAUCUUAGAGUGUAUAUAGAGUGUAUUUAUUCUGACAUUUACUGGUAUUUACUUCUUGCUGUUAUUCUUUUACUCAUUUUUUCUUUUUGUCUUUCAUUUCUAUCUUUCAUGUAUUUAGAAUUCUUUUUCUUUCACAUAAUCUAUCUUUGUGUUUCAUUCACUUAUCCAUUCAUUCUUGUUUUGUUUAUUUUUGUCUUUCAAUCUUUCAUUUUUCCUUUGAUCUUUUUCUUGUCAAACUGAACAGUUGUUAAGACAUAAAAAUAAUGUAUUUUAACACCAAAAUUAACUUUUUGUUUUGACUCUCACAGUAUAGCAGCUGCUUGUUGGUCAGGACAUUAUGCAAAACGUUUGUUAGAAACACUUUUUGUUCACCGGUUUUCCAAAGCAACCAUGCCAUUGUUCAACAUUUUUAAGGUAAACACGAGCACUUUUCAACUAUGUAUUGAUAAACAGAACUUUAGGUGUCUUAAAUUGGGGGCAUAAGGUUUUUUACUGUGGUACACAUAAUUGUACACAGAUCAGUGGUUUUGUUUUAGUUCAAUUGUUGUAGCCCAUUCUAGGGGUUAAACUUUUUAUGGUGAUUGUAUUUUCUAAUAUGUUUUUAAUAUUUUUGUUUUUAACUCGUGGUGAUUAUGAAGAACUCUGGUUACUAUUGGUAAGUCAAGAGUAAUAUUAUUCAAGAGUAUGUUGCCACAACUGUGGUUUGUGUCAAGUGUUGUUGAGUUUGCAUACCUCAAAAAUGGUCAUCCUCUGGGGUUAGGGGAGGGGAGGGAAGGGUAGGAGAGGAGGGUAGAGUAGGGUUGAUUGACCCACACAUGUAAAAUUAAGCAUCCCAGGAAAGAAAUAGGAAUCAAAAGUUGCUGUUAACAAGUAACAAUAGAAUUAUAAGCGUGCUGGUAUUAUUGGAAGAAUGUGACCAAACAUAGUAUUUUAUGGCUGUUAAUCAUAUCAUCUAUGAAUGUCUGUUGUUAUGAGGACCUCUAAGCAAUACUUUUUUUGUGCAAUUAUUAAUUUUUACUAGCCAAAUUUAUGUAUCUUUCCUUAGGGGAUAUGGAGCCUUGGUUGGUUAUUUUGUGAACCAUCCAUUGUAUACGUCACCAAGUGAGUUAGACAAUACUUGAAAAUGCUCUAAUUUUUGACUUUAUUAAAUUUUUUUGAGCAUCCUGAAUGCAAUAGCUUGUUAGAGCAGAUGUCUUUUUUUCAGCCUUUUGACUUACCCAGUGUGUGCAUCUGUAGCUCUUGUAAAAAGCUGAAGGUUACAGACAAUAUAUUGCCAUAGUUCAAAUAUUUUUUAUUAUGCUAGUCUUCUAACAGCCAUACUGACUGUUAGAUAAAUUACAGUAUUUCCAUGAAUGUCUGAUUUGAUACCAGACACAGUUGAACAUCUGCAAAGACUGCCUCCUGUGAGGACACUUGCACAGUAAGCAGAGGGGAAUUGUUGAUCCCACCACUCAAACUUACAUGUCAUUGUCUCACCUGGCUUUGAGAUAGAUAAAGUAGUGUUGUUACACAAACUCCAAGCUCUGUGAUCUAAAAACAGCGUGAUUGCAGGUGCCUGCUAAUGUGCUAGGAUGUAGCAAAUUAAGCAUGUGAUUGCAUUUCAGUGCUCAUUAUCACAUCAUGCAACAAAUGAAUUUUUUCAUUUGCUUAUUAGUGUUUGGGGAUGCCCAGAUUUAUACUGGACUCGUUAUGUUCCUGGUGAGUUCUGUUCUCUCUUUAAUUGCAUUUGCUCUAUAGUUUGUUGUUUUGAUUAGAGGGUUGAGUAAUUUAUUUCACAAAUUUCAAAUUAAAAACCUUUCUGAUCCUUUAACAGUCAGUAGGCCUGUCUAACUAAUAUAGCAUUCUCUCAGAUUCAUCAUGGUUGCACCUUUUUUUUCCCAAUCAUUUCUAGUUCAAUGAGUAUGGAAAUUUUGUCAUCCAUUGUGCAUUGAGGGAUUUGAGGCCUGCAGGUAAGUUUGAAGUAUGACAUGAUGUGUUAUUGCAUUGUUGUAAAGAUGUUCCCUGGAUUCGUAGGCAGUAUUGGUUUUUUAAGUACACUUAGUACAAUCAAUAUCUGAUUGGUAUUUGGAGAAAGAUGUUGUUUCUUUCAAUGAGCAAAAAAAGCAUGAACCCAGCAGAAAAGCUGUUUAAUUACUGGUUAGAUCUAGAAAGUCUUGAGACUAUCCUACAUAAUUUGGUACAGAAAACACUUAGCCAGCAUUUUUCUGAGUUUAACCAUGAUUUCCCUAUACACCUUAACAUCAGUAUACAUAUUCUCUCUACUGUUAACUAUAAAAUUGCUUAGGCCCUGACAAGGAGAAUUUGUGAAACGAUCCAGAGCUUCUCUAGUUGGUAAUCAUUCCCUUUAUUUUUGUGACCUUAAGGUGCAAUUCAGGGAUGAUAUUGUAAGGAGAAAUUAGAUCCUAGUCACACUUCCUGUCAGGAGGUUAAUUGUUCUGAUUUUUGAAGCUGCUGGCUUGCAGGCCAGCUUCUUUAACCCUUUUACUCCCAAGAUCCCAUGAGUAAUUCUCCUUACUGUCUGCUAUACAAUUCUUGUGAUGUUAGUUUGGAGAAUUUGGUAUUGGAUCAGCUAACAACCCUUAACUGAUAUUUUUCUCUAUUCUCAUCACUUGUCUGCUUGAUAUUGUAUCAAUAAUGCAGUGAGAAGUUAUGUCUUGGUCACUCAUAGAAGUAAAAGGGAAGAUUUUACCUGUAAGACUUAGAGUUUUAAGUUUUGUUCCCCUGUUCCUAUGCUACAGGCACUAGAGAGAGGAAAAUUCCCUUCCCAACCUCCAACCCCUUCACCAAACUGUUCAGAUUCGUCUCCUGUCCAAACUAUACUUACGAGGUGAGUAGUGUAAUUUAUGUUUGUAAUUGUGAUAUGUAGACAGGCUGGCUCAGUUCAGCUCAGAGCUGGUUGAAAUGGGGGCCUGUAUAAACAAUGACAAGGUUAGACCACAACACCGGGAGCUUUGUUUCCUUCUCUUUGCGAGAAGUGUGUGGGUUCUUUAACAUCCCCUGAAAACUAACACAGAGCAAAGGCAGCAUAUUCUCCUCUCUUGUUUUAUGACUCUGAGUGUUGGUCCGGUCUGUGGUUUGAACCAUCAACCUUCAGCUAGGCAGUCCGGCGCACUACAACGUGAGUGAACUAAGUGCUGAAUGCUUUAAAGCUAAUUUAACAGAAUUUUUAAAAUUAGUUUUGACUGCGACCGCGCCACCCUCUAAAUCCAUAAGACUUGCACCGAAACCAAUCUUGACAUCUCUUGCUUGACCUUCACCACGUGUGUUUAAUUUAAAUCCCCUUUGGCUUCAAUUAUCUGUACUUAUUUUAGGAUCUACAGUGUUCGUCCGGUCUGGGGCAUGAACCCUCAACCUCCAGCAGGGCAGUUCGGCGCUCUACAACGUGAGCUAACCCAGAGUGCUGAAUGCUCUAAAGCUAAUUUAGCAGAAUUGUUUAAAUUGGUUUAGAUUGCGACCGCGCUACCCUUUUAAUCCGUAAGACUUACACUGAAACCAAUCCUGACCUCUCUUUCUUGACCUUCACCACGGGUGCCUACUUUAAAUUCCCUUUGGCUCCAUGUGAGUUUUUCCUUUGUUCUGUUUGGUCGUUGUGGUUACCGUCUAAGGUCGGCAGAGGACUCCAAGCCUUUAAUUUCUCGCAAAGGGUAGGGAACUUAACCUCUGAUUUUGAGAUCUGACCUUGUUUCCAAAAUUGGGGGCAUCUGCAAAGUUUCCUUUAAAAAAAAUUAAUUGGAAACUGCUUAAUGCAGUUAAGCGAAAGUCCCCCGCAAAGUGUUGUAAAGCGCAUUAGAGCAUUAGUGUGGAUAGUGUGCUAUAUCUAGAUCACCUCAGGUUUGAUUCCCAGACGCUUAAUCUGUUGCUAUGUCGUCAAAUUCUUCUAGAUAGCGAGGCUUUCGUUUUUACGGAGUCUCUUCUGAUGUAUCGAAAGAAGCCUACGUAGGAAAAUAUGUUUUUUGCCAAAAUGGAGGUGGUGAUCUUUUCCCCUUUCACCACGAAAUAUAACGCUAUUGAAUCACACUACUGGUACUCAAAAGAUGCUGUAACUUACACUUUAGAACUCUUGCUUUUUUCCCGUCUACUUCAAAAUUUUCGGUGAGCAGCAGUUUGCAAUAUGAUUUUACCUCGAUGAUAACGCUAACAAUAACGAUCACGCAACAAUAACGAUAAAAAUAACGAUAACGGUUAUGGUGUUUCUCACCCAGGUUGGUGCUUGGACGUCAUUUGCUGUGAUGACUCAGACCUUGUCAGGUAGGUGACCGACUUGUGUGGCACUGGCAGUAUCUUUUUCUCUAUCCAGAAGACUUGAAUGUUUCGAUAAUAUGGUUUAGAAUCAAGUUUCGAGCAAACACGUUUGCCAACGGGAACUGCGUGUGCACGCGCAUUUCCUCUGAUCCCGUUUACUUCAAAAUUUACCAUUAGCAUUGUUUAACAAAGGGGUCACUGUGGUUUCGUGGCUUGCGCGCGAGACUCUGUAUCAAGAGAAUAAAGGGGUAAGUUUCUAAAGAAACUGUGGUGCUGCGUCGGUGGGAGAGUAUAGCAGGUAAUUUAGUGUUAACAACUGGGUUGAAAACGUAAAUUAGCCACCGUAAAGGGUAAAAAAGCUGACGUUUCGAGCGUUAGCCCUUCGUCAGAGCGAUUAGAGGAAUUGUGGGUUGUGUGUGGAUUUAUAUGUAGAAAGUGGAGCUACGCCAUUGGUGGGAAUAUGGUGACGAGAAAACAGGAAUAAAUUAGUUGAAUGAAAAGCGCUCGUUGAUUCCGUGGGGAUCAAGGGUGCCGAUUUGGAAUAUAAAUUUUUGUUCUAGUGUUUUACGGCUUUCCGAACUGCCUAGAUGUAAGGAAAGGCCGCAAACUGCCAUAUGCUGUUUAGAAUGAUAAGGAAGAUUAAAGUGUCUAGCGACUGGCUUGGAUGCGUUCUUGUCAUUUCUUUACACAUCGCGAAGGUGUUCUCGGAAUCGGUCACCCAGUCGUCUUCCUGUCUCGCCGAUGUAUAACUUAUUGCAAUAAGUGCAAGUUAUGCAGUAAAUAACAUUGGCGGAGGUACACGUAAAGUGAUCAAUGAUCUUAAUGGAUCUUUUGGGUCCCGAUAUUUUCUCUACGUUAUGAAUGAAAGGACAAGUUUUGCAUCGUGAGCGAGCGCAUUUAAAUUGGUUUGAAAUGAACUCCUGACUAAAAAGUUGCCUAUGUUUUUGUCACGUUUGAAUGAAAUAAGUGGGGGUUGCGAAAAGAUAGUGCCAGUCUCUGAAUCGUUUUGGAGUAAUUUAAAUUUUUUAAGAAUGAUAGAUUUAACUGCGUGGUUGUGAGGGUGAAAUGUAAGAGUAAAUGGAAUGCGGUCAGUGUUUUCCUUCUCGGCCGUUUGUAGUGCUGCCUGUCGAUCGAUUUGUUGGGCACGGUGGUAGCCCGCUUGAACGACAGAAACAGGAUAGCCGCGUUUAUCGAAAAACUGGCACAUUGCCUCUGAUUUUUCGGAAAAAUCAGAGUCGUCACUACAUAAACGACGAAGUCUGAGAAACUGUGAAAAAGGUAUGGAGUUCUUGACGUGUGAUGGAUGUGAGGAUGAAUACAACAAGUAACUAUGAGAAUCUGUAGGUUUGUAGUGAACACUAGUACAUAAACCGUUGCCUUCAAUUGAAAUUUUGAUGUCUAGAAAAGCCAAAGAAGUGUCGGAAAUUUCCCAGGUAUAUUUAAGAGCCGGAUGAAAGGAAUUGACGGCGGUUAUAAAUUGAGUGAGCUCCUCUUUGGUAGAGGAGGUAGCGCCGAUGCAAUCGUCAAUGUAGCGGCCGUAGAGUUGAGGUUUUGGGCCGUGGUAUCGGCUAAAAAAUUGAUGUUCGAUAAAACCUACAAAAAGAUUGGCGUAGCUGGGUCCCAUUUUAGUACCCAUGGCCACGCCAUUAGUUUGUUUGUAGUAGUUACCACCGAAUGAAAAGCAAUUGAGUGUGAGUACUAGUUCGGCCAGACGGAGUAGUGUUUCAGAGCUAGGUUCCUUAAAAGUGCGUUGAUCGAAAAAAUGUUUGAGGGCCCGGAGACCUUCGUCAUUGGGAAUGACAGUGUAAAGAGAUGUUAUAUCCAUGGUGAAAAUAAGUUUGUUUUGGUCGAGGAAACUAAAGUCACGAAAAAUUUCAAGUAUCAAAAUAUCAAGAGGUCUGGGUAUGAGCCUUAUUCUAGUCAUGUUACUCUCAUAAUACCUCUGUCUACCCAGGAGUGUACAUUUGUACCGGUGAACUUUGAGACAAACUGAACGGAAUUCGGGUAAUGGGGUGGGGGGGUAACAUACGAUGGGUACACAUCCCAUCCUGGGAGAGUAGUAGCAGUUCUCUUAGUCGGGUAACAUUUUGGAAAUUGGUAUGAGCUCUUGCCUAAGUGUAACUGUGUACCUCCCCGUGGAGAAAACGUUUGAGAGGUCUGGGUUCGAGCCCUAGUCGAGUGGAGACUCCUUUUUAACGCGUUUUUCUUCCGUUGCAGUUGUCCUUUUCCUCUUGGCCGGAUUCUAUCAGAUGUCCGUCUGGGCUAUUGGCAAACAUCGAAACUAUCGAAAAGAAUUUAAAGAUUAUCCUAAAGGACGAAAGGCAAUUUUACCUUUUCUGCUAUAAACAUCUGGAGGGAACUGUUCCCUCGAAAGAGAUGAACAACCGUCAUGUUGGGAUUUAUUUAGUGAGAAACCAAAGAUAGAAGAUUUCAUCUCUGAGAGUUACCACAAACUUAAGGAAAUUUUCCUUAUUACAUCAUUACCUUUUAAUGAAGGAAGAAGAGAGAAGAGAAAAUUUCUAACUUGGGGAUAUUAUGUGAUUUAACUAUAAGUUCUCAGAACUGAAAUUUUAAGAAACAGUAAGGGAGAGUUACUAUUUAGUUCUAAGGGUGAAAAGGUUAUAUGUAAUUCGAUGUAAUGCGUCAAUACUUUGCCGAGGAGAACUUGCAAACUUUACUAUUUUAUUUGUUCGUGUGUGUUAUAUCUCUCAGAAUAAGUAACUGUUAUAAUUUUUUUUCCCUUAAACUACUGAUUUUUCGGUGAAAUUUUGGUGAUACCUGAAUGAUGAAUAUUAAAUUAUAUAAC